AUGGUCACCUCGGACUUACCUGCAGUAACCGCACUCGUCGCCUCUAUGCCGCACAGGGAAGCCAUCGUUACUGCAGUUAUAAACGUAUUAGACAACACCAAAAAAUCCAUUCGUUGUCGGACAAUUCUGGAUACUGGGUCAAGCUCUAAUUUUAUGACUGAGAGUAUGGCAAGGAAAUUAAAAUUACCGUCAGAAAAACUAGAAAUUUCCAUAGAAGCCAUGACCAACUCCCAAUCUUCAACAAAUCACGUAGUAACAGCGACAAUAAAUUCUAGAGUGAAUGGCUAUUCCAAAUCACUCAAUUUUCUCACUGUUCCUAAAAUUGGUAAUUUGUUCCCUCUUCAACCUAUUAAUCGCAAUGAUCUGAACAUUCCGAAGCAUCUCCACUUGGCAGAUCCCACUUUUGAUCAACCUGCGCCAGUGGAUAUGCUGUUGAGCGUCGGCACUACACUCGCACUUAUCUGUCAAGGACAAAUUAAAUUGAACGGUCCGAAUGAUCCUGACAUAAUUUUGGAAGAGACUCGUCUGGGAUGGAUAAUCGGCGGAAGUACUCUCUCCAACGGCCCUCCACAUAAAAAAUUUCCUAUAACCUCAUACGUCACUACAGUCGAAAAAGAGCUAAAAAACUUUUGGGAAAUGGACGACAUUCACAUGGCAAAACAUUGGUCAAAAGAAGAACACGCUUGUGAAGCCCACUUCCAACAACAUGUAACUCGAGAUGCAACUGGGCGCUAUGUGGUCGCUUUACCUUUCAACGGAAAGGAAGAUCAAUUGGGAAAUUCUAAGGAACUAGCCAGGAAUCGCUUCAAGGCCCUGUUACGAAGGUUUAAACGUAAUCCAGAAUUGGAAAAACAAUAUUCAGCUGUUUUGGAAGAAUAUAUCAACCUAGGGCAUAUGUCACCAGCUGAAGCCGAACCCCAAGAAGAAAAAGGCUUCUACCUGCCUCAUCACGCCGUCAUAAAGGCCACCAGCCUCACGACAAAGGUAAGGGUGGUAUUCGAUGGGUCAGCCAAGGAGGAGAACCAUCUUUCUCUCAAUGAAACCUUGAUGACUGGGCCCACUAUUCAAGAGGACAUUUUUUCCCUCUUGACUCGUUUUCUCACUCACCAAUACGUUUUAACUGGAGACAUAGAAAAAAUGUAUCGCCAGUUUUGGGUCCGAGAUGAGGACCGCAAAUACCAGAGAAUUUGGUGGUAUGAUAAAAACGGUGAAGAAAGACUAUUCCACUUGAACACUGUCACCUUUGGAUUAUCUGCAGCCCCAUAUCUAGCCAUUCGUUGUUUGCAUCAAUUAGCGGAUGACGAAGGCCAUCAUUUUCCAGAAGCUGCCAAAAUCAUCAAGCGAGAUCUAUAUGUUGAUCAUCUUUUGACAGGCACCAAUUCAUUCGAGGAAGCGUUGAAAUUACGUGAUGAAAUAUCCGCGUUGCUGAAAAAAGGUCAACUCAAUCUACGACAAUGGGCCUCUAAUGAUACAAGACUUCUGGAAGGACUACCAGAGGGGAGUGUGAAUUUACAGCUCAACACUUCCACUGAUUCCACGAUUAAAACAUUAGGCCUCCAUUGGGACUCAUCUCAAGAUGCAAUUUGGUGUCCCCACCAUACCGUACUACUCCCCUGCGGCGGCAGAAAGAAACGACUGGCGGCGGCGGAGGGUGCAUCUGAACAAAAAGUCGCUAAGGACUUGUCGAUCCAGAAUUUCACCCCCAACUUAAGUUUAAAGUUUGGACGUGCAAUUCUGGGACACCCUGUAUACAAGGUCUCAAAAAUCUUUGAUCCUCUCGGAUUCCUUGGUCCAGUGAUAAUUAAAGGACGAAUGAUAUUGCACGUCUUAUGGAUCGAAAAGUUGGGAUGGGAUGAUUCCAUUCCCUUAAGCAUAUUGACUGAAUGGAAAGAUUAUGCUCAUCAAUUGACUGAAUUGAAUAAUUUAUCAUUUCAUCGAAAGGUAAUCAUUCCUGAAGCCCAGGAAAUUCAGAUUCAUGGUUUCUGCGAUGCAAGCAUGAAGGGUUAUGGUGCUUGCAUAGACUUAAGAUCCAUUGACAUCCAAGGAAAUAUCCAGACACGUCUCCUGUGCUCCAAGGCUCGUGUUGCACCCAUAAAUUCACCAUCCUUACCCCGUUUAGAAUUAUGCGCAGCAUUACUUUUGGCAGAUUUAUACGUGGCAGUAAAAAAAGCCAUCAAUCAUCAAAUCAGUCGCAUUAUACUGUGGUCUGACUCGACAAUCACACUUCAUUGGAUCAACACUUCUCCCCAUAAACUUCUAGUGUUUGUUGCAAAUCGAGUCGCUGGUAUUCAAGAAAAAACAAAGGAUGCAGAGUGGAGACACGUGCGGACGCAAGAUAAUCCAGCAGAUCAUAUUUCACGAGGCUUAUUUCCUCAGGAAUUUAUGCAAGAUUCCAAUUGGAAAAGUGGUCCAACAUGGCUCUCUGAAGACGGAAAUAAUUGGCCGAUUAGUGAAUUAACAGUUUUACCUGAAGUCCCUGAAAUGCGAAAGGCUCAAUGUCUUCUCACAAUCCCCCAGAAUAAAACAGAAGACAAAAAAUCUAAGAAAGAAGCGGAAACGUCCUACAUUUGCAGAUUUUCUUCAAUCAAAUUUUUAAGAAAAUUAUUUGCUCUGGGAUUAAGAUUUAAAAAUAAAUUAAAAGGUCCACUUUCCGUCGACGAAUUGAAGGCUGCCAAUGAUCGUAUCAUUCGAAGUACACAAGAGUCUGCUUUUUCGGGAGAAAUCAAGGAGCUAAAUAAAACGGGACUACUUUCUCGUAAUCACCGACUGAGAAUCCUCAACCCUUUCUUACAUGAGAAUGGAUUUAUACGUGUCGGAGGACGUUUAAAAAAUGCUUCGAUUCCUUAUGAUCAAAAACAUCCGGUUUUAAUUCCCAAAGGUCAUCAUAUCAGCACUCUACUCAUAAGGGAGGAACAUGCUUCAAAUCAUCACGCUGGAGCCCAAUCGACACUAUACGCUCUUCGCAGAAAAUACUGGUUGGUAGACGGACGUCAACAAGUACGAAAGGUCAUUAAUAACUGUACUAUCUGCAUCAAGGCAAACCCUCCUAAGUCAGAUUACAUCAUGGGUAAUAUUCCAAGAAUCAGAGUGACAGAGGCUAAACCCUUUCGCAACGUUGAAGUUGAUUAUUGCGGACCUUUUUAUGUUAAGGAGAAAAAACAUCGCAAUAGGAAUCGAGUAAAGGUAUGGGUCGCUGUUUUUGUGUGCUUAGUCGUCAAGGCAGUACAUUUGGAGGUAGUCACUGACCUGACCACUGAAGGAUUUAUUGCUGCUCUGAAAAGAUUCAUCGCUCGACGUGGCAAACCCAACUGCAUUCAUUCAGAUAAUGGUACUAAUUUCGUUGGAGCCCAUAAUGAUAUAAAAGAGUUAUAUUCAUUUCUACAGACAACAGAUCACAACGACAAAAUUCAUGCCCAUCUUACUGAUAAGGGAAUCACCUGGCGUUUCACUCCUCCCCUUUCUCCUCACUUUGGAGGACUUUGGGAGGCUGGUGUAAAAUCCUUCAAGCAUCAUUUGAAGAGAAUUUGUGAUGAUUUAGUGACCCUUGAGCAAUUUAAUACGUUAGUGAUCGAGAUCGAGGCAAUAUUGAACUCCCGUCCCCUUACUCCUAUUUCCACCGAUCCUAAUGAUUUAAUAGCCUUAACCCCCGGCAAUUUCCUUACUGGCGAUUCUCUAAUGAGUUUACCAGAACCUGAUGUCAAGGAUGUACCACCCAACCGCUUAUCUACAUGGGAAUUCAUCCAGAAGAAACAGCAGGAGUUCUGGCAACGGUGGCACAAGGAAUAUAUUAAUGAGCAAAAUAUCAGACACAAAUGGGACCAAGGGAGUCACAACAUCAAGGAAGGCUCACUAGUGAUCAUCCGUGAAGACAAUUUACCCCCCCCGACAAUGGUGUCUGGGUCGAGUUAUUAA